AUGAGGAUGAGGCUAGGCCAAGGUCGUGACGACGGUCUUGCUCGAGAUUUCUCUGGAGCAUCAGUCUACUACAACGAAUACGGCAGCAUUCUGAAAAUCUCCCUUCCGACAGACUUCUCUCUUGCAUGCAUUACAGGUCUUGCACCGGGAGCCACCCCUGAAGCAGUCGUCGAUAUCCUUCGCGGUUUGGGCUUGAACCUAGACAUUGAAUGCGUUCGCAUCCUUGAGAAUUCGGCGUCUGCGGGCGUGACAGCCACGGUGAAGGCAGAAGACCCACUGUUUGCCAAAGAGCUCAGCGUCACGCUUCAGAAUCGACAAUCAGCUCUCAGUGCGACGCCAAUGCCCAUCGAUGCCAGGCGGACUAACUGCAGAAAAGUUUACAUCUCGUGGCACAAACCCACUCAAAGUGUGUGGUUGAAUUUCGGCAAUGGCGAAAUAGCGAACAGGGUUGCGCAGAGAUUCAACCAAGGAACAUACACAUGCCUCGGUCAGCGUGUCAAGUCCUCUGCUGCGAAAUCCAGUCACAGUCGACGGGGUCGAGAUUACUUCUCGUACAAUCCUGUAGCUUGGACGAUCACGCUAAGCGAAGUGCCCAGCGGUACGACGAGCAGGGAUGUCCAAGAAAGCAUCAGGCCGUUGCAGGAUAAACCACGGCACGUCGAGGUGAGAGACAGUUACCGAGCUUCCGAUGCAGAGGUCAGUGUUGAGGUUCGCUCGCACCUGGAGGAGCAUGGCCCACUGGAAAGCUUCUAUCUCGCACCCCCCUCCAAAGGAAAACGAGUUAAGGCUUCCGCUUGGUUUCGAGAUGAAGCCGAUGCCCGAUCGGCAUGCUCGCUGAAUGGCAGACAACUAGAUAUCUUGGGGCAAGGCAAGUUGACGGUUACCCUGGUGCAGUCAGCCAAGAUCAGUGUUUUGACGACUGUCUACUUGGCCUUGAAGCCGAGAAUCGAUAAAGAGAGUAUAACAUGGAGAGAACAGUAUCUGGGCUUCCAUGUUUACCCUGGCACUCUCCAUACGACAUUGAAAGUCGAGGGUGACAACUCGAAAAGCGUUGCAAAUGCGCGCAGAACACUGGAAGAGAUUUCGCGUGGAGUGGUCCUUGAGGAUGGCGGGAAAGUGAUUUGGGGUUCGGCACUCAACAGCACAGGGCGCGUAUACAAGAAGCUCAAGUCCAUCGAGAGAGACCUUCAGGUGGUUAUCGCCAGAGACAAAUCAAAGCACCAGCUCCGGUUUCACGGGCCACCUGAGAAAAUCCAGCCUGCAGUACGCCGCAUUACCGAUAUACUCAGAGAGGAGUCCUCCACCAGCUACGAAAUCGACCUCACACCUCACCAGUUCUCAUGGACGAUCAAGGGUGGUUUCAAGAGCAUUGAACAGGCUUUGGGAAACAACGUCGCGGUCUUCAAUGUGGUCUCAAGGAGCAUCAUCAUCAACGGUACACAACAGCAAUACGACACAGCCGUGGCCAUCAUGGACGGCAAGCGUGCUAUCGAAUUCCGCUCUUCGUUAGACGGUGCGACAACCUCUGACGGAGACUGUCCAAUCUGCUUCUGCGAAGCCGACACGGCCAUCCAGACCUCGUGCAAGCACACAUACUGCCUCGAAUGCUUUGAAGGAUACUGCAAAUCCGCCACUUCGACCGACAAGAAUGACUUCCAAAUCAAGUGCCAAGGUGGUGAAGGCACUUGCUCAACUGUCUUCACUUUACACGAGCUGAAGGAUCAUGUCUCGUCCUCGGUCUUUGAGGCUGUCCUUCAAUCAUCUUUCGAAGAUUAUGUCCAACGCCACCCGGAGAUCUUUCGCCACUGUCCAACCCCGGAUUGUGGUCACAUAUACCGAUGCACUACAAGUCUAGGGUCGCAGCCUCCCGCCUACACCUGUUCCAAUUGUUUCGAGAGGCUAUGCACCUCUUGUCACGCGCGACAUGGCGAGUAUACUUGCGCAGAGUUCAAAGACAUUGCAGCGGGUGGUGACGCCGCCCUCGCAAGACUAAAGAGGGAGCUCAACAUCAAAAAUUGUCCUCAAUGCACCACGCCGAUGGAGAAGACAGAGGGCUGCAAUCACAUCACGUGUGGGGGUUGCCGGGCACAUAUUUGCUGGGUAUGCAUGGAAGUCUUCGAGUCCAGUGGCCCGUGCUAUAGCCACAUGAACAAGGUGCAUGGAGGCAUCGGACUUGGGCUCGAUCAUUUGGGGGAUUGGUGA